GGCCAGAAAGAAGUUAGCCGUAUUCAAACACUCGCAUUUCGUGCGUAGAGUGCUUGUUGUUCUCCGCUAGCUGGUUUGCGACUGUGAGUGUGCGGUGGGAAGCGUUAGUGAAUGGAUGCAAUCAGGGCACUGCUGAAAAAUACUGCUUGACUUUUCUUAAGUACAGUGGUAUCGGAAGAAUAACAACCAUGAAUUUUUGUGUUGUUGUUGGUGUAAUUUCACUCGUCGUCGUUGGGUUAUUUCACCCAGCAUCAUGUGUACGAGUGAACAUCGAGAAUUAUUCUUGGCAACGGCCGCGUUUGCCGCAUCUUGCCUCGGUUGCCGAAAUCGAAGAGGGUCGAGCUGAAUAUCACGGCCAUGUUGCUCAAGUUUUGAAAGGCGAUUGCGACCUGGACUGUCAGAUACAAAAGGACAAUCAACCAAUAUCGAUUGAAGAGCUGGACAGAGAUAUGAGUUUUGAAACCUUGGACGUGGUGAAGCAACUCAAGUUUAAAACCAUUGUCAACGUAACCGAAUCCAGCAUAUUGCCCAGCGAACCUGCACUGGACACGCAAGUUGAAAUUGAAGACGAACCAAGCAGUAGGCACAAGCGGGCAAUCUUUGGUUUAGACACCCGGUUUCAAUUACCUGCCAAAAAGUUUUCAACCAUGUUUCCGUUUUCCACUGCUGUAAAAUUGUCCACCGGAUGCGCGGGAGUUCUUUUAUCACCAAAGCACGUUUUAACCUCAGCUCACUGUUUGCAUGACGGGAAACGGUAUCUUAAGGGUGUCAAAAAACUUCGCGUUGGUCGUGUAGUGAAGAAAAAGCUUCGUAAGCGUAACAAGAAACGAAGAAAGAAGGGGCGAAAGAACAGAAAGUCUGCGGCUCUUUCUAGAUCCAAGAGAUCCAGUACCCCUACUUACAAACUAAAAUUCAAGUGGACGAGAGCGAAGAGAACUCACCUACCCGAAGGCUGGAUAAGACGACCUGGACAACCUAACAGUGGACUAAGUGUUGAAUACGAUUAUGCUGUUGUAGAACUAAAGAAACCCCUUGGAAACGCCUCAAUGAAAAUGGGCAUCAGUCCAGCAAGAGAGCAUUUGCCCGGCAGUCAUAGAAUUCAUUUCACCGCAUUUGGACAGAAUAAGGAUAACGAUUUGCUUUAUCGGUAUUGCGCUGUGGAUGAGCAGUCGAACGACAUCAUGUAUCAUAGAUGUGACGCUCAAAGAGGUACAUCCGGCGCUGGCGUCUAUGUUCGCUUGUACGACCGUGACACACGUUCUUGGGACCGUAGAGUAAUCGGAAUUUUCUCUGGGCACCAAUGGGUCAAUAUGGGCGAAGGACAACCACGCAAGGAGUACAACACAGCUGUGAGAAUUACUCCACGCAAGUUUGCGCAGAUUUGCUUUUGGACCACGGACGAUGACAGCGAAUGUCGCGGUAAUUGACGUCAACAGACUGGUGCUACGUAACACGCGUCUGCUUUGCAUCGUAUCAUCAUCUGGUUCGUGUACUUGCUCGGUUGUCGCACGCACGGGCGCUUCGCAAAUAGAGAAGCGGUAAUAAAACGCAUUUUUAUUAAACAAGCUAGCGCUGUCACAUCAUGUAUUCAUACUUGCUUUUCUGCAGUUAUAUUCGCACUGCGACCCACACAUGCAGCAUACGUGUUAACGAAAUUAUUGUAUACCGCAGCAUAUUCCUCUUACAAGUAUACAGAAAUGUCUAGACCGUUUUCAUUUUCUGGACCGACUCAUCACAGCCAAACAGCAUCUCGAUUCGACUUUGUUGCAAAUGGUUCCGAUAUUUAAUCACGCGUUUCCUUUUUUGUUUCUUCAGCAUAUUUUUCGUCUUUUUGCGUUGUGUUUGUUAUUAUCGUUAUAUACGUGGACAGCUAGGCGAAAUUCAUGCACAUAUGUAGCUUGACCCAAAUCCUGUAUAUCGUAUAAACAUCUUACAUGUCAAACAGUCUCAAAUAUUUAAUGAUCUUUUAUUAUAGACACCUUGUCGAUUAUAAAUAAUAUUUAAAUAACCUCUUUAAUUGGGUCUUUGAUAUUUUAUUGGCGUGUGUAUUACAAGAUCAUCUGUCGCUUAUUUAAAGAAUACAGAUGCGAUGUUGUGUA